AUGCUGAAGGUUACCGAACACCUCCACACAAUGAAGACCUCCUCAGGCCAUGUUCAAGAAACAUUCACAGGAACUAACACCCAAAUGCAGACGCUCCAACAAGACGCCCAAGAGGAGCUACCGUACAAAGAGUUGACAAUCACUAACCAGGUUAUUACCGACAUCGACAAGGACACCGUGCUCAUGCUUGACAUGUUCGACAUGAUGCAGGAAAACAUCACAACAGCCAUCAAAAUAUGCAAUAAGAUCAUCCAAGACCAUCCAACACCAUCACGAACGCAGGAUCAACCACUUCUACAACAACAACCGUUUUUGCAUGCGCUUCUGUAA